AGGAGGGCUUCUCUACGGAGCGGGAGCGAGGCGGAGGGAAAGCCGCUGAACGCCUCGCAGCUCCCUUUGCUCUGUCUCCGCCGGCGCUCGCCUGCUGCCGGGCGUGAGGAGGGUGUGUGAAGGAUUCAUGCUGAUAUUCCUGUGGUUGGUUGUGCUGUUAUUUGGUAUCCGGCACGUUCAAAGCAGUGGAGCAGGAAAAGAAAGAAAAAAAGAUUAGUAAUGUUGAGGUUUUUCAGAGGAGUGUGUGCUGAUUAGGUAAGGAGAUGUCAUGGUCUUCUUCGGUCGACGUAGGAAGAUAGCAGCUAUGAUUGCCUGAAAAAGCCGAACCGUACAGUGCAAGCAUGGCUUUCGCCCAGUCACACAUUAUGGCAGCUAGAAGACAUCAGCACAGUAGACUCAUAAUUGAAGUGGAUGAGUACAGCUCCAACCCCACACAGGCUUUCACAUUCUACAACAUUAACCAGGGACGUUUUCAGCCCCCACAUGUGCAAAUGGUUGAUCCAGUGCCCCAUGAUGCUCCCAAACCUCCAGGAUAUACAAGAUUUGUCUGUAUUUCUGAUACUCACUCAAGAACUGAUCCCAUCCAAAUGCCAUAUGGAGAUGUGUUAAUACAUGCUGGUGAUUUUACUGAGCUGGGACUUCCUAGUGAAGUAAAAAAAUUCAACGAGUGGCUAGGUAGCCUGCCCUACGAAUACAAGAUUGUGAUCGCAGGAAAUCAUGAAUUGACCUUUGACCAGGAAUUCAUGGCUGACUUAAUCAAGCAGGACUUUUACUAUUUCCCUUCUGUCUCUAAGCUGAAGCCAGAGAGCUAUGAGAACGUACAAUCCCUUCUAACAAACUGCAUCUACCUGCAAGACUCUGAAGUGACGGUGAGGGGAUUCAGAAUAUAUGGCUCCCCUUGGCAACCUUGGUUUUAUGGCUGGGGCUUUAAUCUUCCACGAGGCCAAGCACUAUUAGAGAAAUGGAACCUUAUUCCAGAUGGAAUAGAUAUUCUUAUAACACAUGGACCACCGCUCGGUUUUCUAGACUGGGUUCCUAAGAAAAUGCAACGGGUAGGAUGUGUUGAGCUGCUGAACACAGUCCAGAGACGAAUACAGCCAAGGCUUCAUGUUUUUGGACAUAUCCAUGAAGGUUACGGCGUCAUGGCUGAUGGAACUACUACCUAUGUGAAUGCAUCUGUGUGCACUGUGAAUUACCAGCCUCUUAAUCCACCUAUAGUUAUUGACUUGCCUACUCCAAGGAACACAUGAUUAUUAUGAGGAUUUGAAGUUGUCCCCAACACAUUAGCAAAUUUGUAUUGCUGGCUGAGAAACCCAAUAGGGACCCAUUCAACAACACAAAAAGCAAAGAACCUUGGUUUUGCCCUGCUAGCUCUCCACAGAUAAAUUUUGAGUGACGAAAGUGGAUGAGGAACGAAGACAUUUUCGUGCCAGAAACAGAAUAAAGACUUUAACAUUUCACCAUUACAAUAUUUGUGAACACAACAAAGUGAAUGCAUUCCACAUACAUACACAUAGAUGUAUCUCAAGUAGGGACUUUUGUAUAUACCAUGUGUUAUAUUGGACUUAUUAAAAGAGCAAUGUUUUUCCACAGGAGUGUUCCUUUAAGAAAGUUUGCAGUUUAAACGGGAGUGUUUAGACUAGGUUUCCCUCGAUUCAUGUUUCCUUGUGAGCUCUUGGUACGAGAAAAAUGAUGGUAAAGAUGCUUUCCCUUAAUUAACAUGGCAACUAUAAAAGGUGGUGCAGAAAUGACCAGUCACGGGAGGAAAGGUAUUACUUCAAGUCCUCCAGGUCUAAGUCUUUGCAUCUAUUCAGAACCAGUGCAACAGAGGCCCUAAUUCACUGUACUGAAAUGAAGUUUUACUACAUCUGGCAUUACAGAUGGUAAGGGAAAUGGUGCAUAUUGCUGGCGUGCUGUAAACAGCUCAACAUUCAAGAAGGGAGACUGUGUUAAGUGCAGUAUAAACUCAGGAAUUUGUAACCUGGCCUUGCUCUUGGAAAAAAAAAACACAAGGAUGACAUUUCCCUUAAAAACACAAACAAACCAAACCACCACCACCACAACCCCAACAAUGCACAUACAAAACAAACAAAACACACAAACCCAACCCAGCCAACCAAACAAGACCCAAACACAACCAAACAACUCUGUUUUCACAGGGUAGGGCGAUGUGUAAUUGUAUGUAAAAAGCAAAACACUCACCCACCCAGUGUUCUGUAAUGGUAUUUUAAAUGAAACCCACGGGGAGUACAUGUUUAAAACCUCUUAAUGGGACAUGCAGCCAGUGGUGGGAUUGCUGGUUUGAAUUUGGCCCCAGUCAGUAGGGAUUAAACUUCAUCGUGGUCAUUGGGCAGCAUUAAGGAGCCCAAGUUGAAGGGAUCAUCCCAAGGUGGAGUUUGGGUGUUCACUUUUGGGUAGCUGUGUAAUUAUGUAAGAGUGGUGAGUAACAAGUACACACCAAUGGGUAUGGGGCAGGGGUCACCUCACAGAACCUGUCAUUGCUCUUUACCCACUCAUGAAUGCUGCUGGGGGAGGCUCAAGACAAAGUCGUUAACUGAGUUGAAAUCCAUCUGUCAUGUUGCAUGUGAAGCCAGGCAAAGCAGGAGACAUGUUAGGAAGUGGUUGAGAUGGCCAGCUGCCAAGGUGCUGCCCAUGUGGCUUUCCUGCAGGUUAACAGAGGUGUUGAAGCUGCUGGGAUUUCAGUCCCAUGCUAGGCGGAUUCUUGAGAAUUGGUUACAAACCCACCAAGAAAAAAAAAUGUCUUUCCAGUGUGCUCUACAAAAGUUGGGUUUCUGCCUUGAGCUAGCAAAAAAUCUCUGUGCUCAGAGGCAACUCUUUGCCUAGAUGGAGAGAACUGAACUGCUGUAUUCUGACUGUAGAUGUCCUGAAUUUGGAGCUGACAGCAUCUAGGCAUGAAUCCUGUUCACACACCUUGGGCAGAUCAUUGUGCAGGGUUGUUUACAGGCCUGUGCAUAGCCCACAUCUGCACACAUGAAUUGGAUAAUGGUGUAUGUCACUUUUUUUGCCUGUAACAUGGGUGUAAAUGUGAGCUUCACGUGGCAGCUGAGUGUACCUGAUGUGCAUACACAGCUUAAUAUACCUGUGUGGCAAAGCUAGGCCAUGUCAGCCUCGACUCGAAGCAAGGUGGGCAGAAUCAUUGCAUUCCACUUGCUUGCCAUGGGCAGCAGCUCAUCUGAGCCCAGUAGCCAGCAUGCCGUGGGCCCGCUACAAACCACCACAGCAGCAGAGAAAAGGACAAGUCUCAAGUCCAUCCUUUCUUGGAAGCUGUUGGGUGACUGGAAGCGCCACAUUUUCCUGAAAUGAAGCCCAAAAUGAUUGGUGAUGUCUGCAGCUGGGGGCUGGGGUGAACAGUUCCCAAGCACGUGAGCAGCCUGCCACAGAUUCACGUGGU